ACGACAACUCCACCUAGAUUGGCGUGCCUAUCCCUUUAUCUUGAUCGCUUCAUAUCUAUCUUCCCAUUGCUUCUUUCACUUUUAUCCCUUCUUUCUUUCCUUUUAUACACACACAUGCGCGUACAGUUAGUUUUAUAACAAAGAUCAUUAGCUACUGUUGGAAGCUUUCUUGAAAAGAUUUAAAAUAUGGGUUCCACAGCUGAAAGACGUCUCAGUUUGAUCCAGAAACAUGUUGCUCCGGUUGCAGAGGUGGAUCAGGAUUCUGUUGUUCAACCGAACCAGACUUCUGGUCUCUUUGUUCAAGGUCAAGGGUACAGUGUAGUUCUUCCAGAAAAAUUACAGACUGGAAAGUGGAAUGUUUACAGAUCUGCACGCUCCCCGCUGAAACUUCUUACCAGAUUCCCCGAGCAUCCUGAAAUUGGUACAUUGCAUGAUGUCUUUGUGCAUGCAGUUGAAACAUUUAGAGAUUACAAGUACCUGGGUACACGCAUUCGAGUAGAUGGAACUGUUGGGGAGUACAAAUGGAUGACGUAUGGAGAAGCAGACGCUGCUCGUGCAGCAAUAGGUUCAGGUCUUUGCGAAUAUGGAUUACCAAAAGGAGCUUGCGUAGGACUAUAUUUUAUUAACAGACCGGAGUGGCUCAUUGUGGAUCACAGUUGCUCAGCAUACUCAUAUAUCUCAGUCCCACUAUAUGAUACUCUUGGUCCUGAUGCUGUGAAGUAUAUUGUAAAUCAUGCUGAUCUUCAAGCUGUCUUUUGUGAGCCAAAGACAUUGAACACAUUAUUGAGCUUCUUAUCCAAUAUUCCAUCAGUACGCGUGAUAGUGGUGGUGGGUGGCAUAGAUGAAAACCUCCCCUCGCUACCAUCAGCAGUUGGUGUUAAGGUUGUAUCAUACUCGAAGCUACUGAGUCAGGGUCGUAGCAAUCUUCAACCAUUUUGCCCUCCUAAACCCGAGGAUGUCGCAACUAUAUGUUACACAAGCGGAACUACUGGAACACCAAAGGGGGUUGUUUUGACACAUGGAAACUUCGUCGCAAGUGUUGCUGGCAUGACUCGAUCACUUAAGUUCUUCACCUCGGAUAUAUAUAUAUCAUAUCUUCCACUGGCACACAUUUAUGAACGAACCAACCAGAUUCUAUCGAUGUACUACGGAGCUGCUGUUGGUUUCUACCAAGGGGACAAUUUGAAACUGAUGGAUGAUCUAGCCACUCUAAGGCCAACAGUAUUUUGCAGUGUCCCUCGUCUCUAUAACAGAAUUUAUUCUGGGAUUUUAAAUGCCGUAAACAGUUCUGGUGUUCUGCGGGAGAGACUUUUUAAUGCUGCCUAUAACUCCAAGAAGCAAGCCAUAAUGAGUGGGCGAAGGCCAUCAGCUUUGUGGGACAGACUAGUAUUUAAUAAAAUUAAGGCUAAAAUUGGGGGGCGAGUUCGUUUCAUGUGUUCCGGCGCUUCACCUUUGUCACCCGAUGUCAUGGAUUUUUUAAGGAUAUGUUUUGGCUGUCCAGUUAUUGAAGGCUAUGGCAUGACUGAGACCUCUUGCGCCAUUAGCACUUCGGAAGAAGGAGAUAACUUAUCUGGCCAUGUUGGUUCUCCUAGUCCUGCAUGUGAAGUAAAGCUCGUGGAUGUCCCCGAAAUGAAUUACACAUCCGAGGACCAGCCUUAUCCGCGAGGAGAAAUCUGUGUCAGAGGUCCCAACAUUUUUCAGGGUUACUUUAAAGAUGAAGUGCAAACGAGGGAAGUAUUUGAUGAUGACGGUUGGCUGCAUACUGGAGAUAUUGGAUUGUGGUUACCUGGAGGCCGGCUUAAGAUUAUUGACAGGAAAAAGAACAUAUUCAAGUUGGCGCAGGGUGAAUAUAUAGCACCAGAAAAAAUUGAGAAUGUUUAUGCCAAGUGCAAAUUUGUUGCUCAAUGUUUUAUAUAUGGUGACAGCCUGAACUCCAAUUUAGUAGCCGUGGUUUCAGUGGAGCCAGAUGUGCUAAAGGAUUGGGCUAUGUCCACAGGCAUCAUGUGCGAGGAUCUGGGACAAUUAUGCAAGGACCCAAGAGCAAGGGCUGCAGUUUUAGCUGACAUGGAUGCUGUUGCACAGGAAGCUCAGUUGAGAAAGUUCGAAUAUGCGAAGGCUGUAACAUUGGUACUGGAACCAUUUACUUUGGAAAACGGUCUUCUCACUCCAACAUUUAAGAUCAAGAGGCCUCAAGCAAAGGAAUACUUUUCCAAAGCAAUUUCGGACAUGUAUGCAGAACUAGAUGCAUCUGAUACAAAACAAGAGAAAUUUUAAGAACUAUCAAUUGAGACAUGCCUCAGAUGCUUUGUGCAAGUUCUACAGAUUCGGCAAUGCAUUUGUUCUGUUUUGAAGUCCUGCUGCAUAUAUGCUCACAUCUGACUUGUUUGAAGAAACUGAUUAAACUAGUUCAUUAUUAGAGCACCCUCUUGUUUACUGUCUGGAUUGGAAUAUUGUCAUUUCAUAAGUUAAGAUCUAGGAAAAUAUUAUGUGCCUGAGUAGAGAAUUGCCCAAAUCAGUGAAUUUUGGGACUACAGAUGUUUAAUCGAGUUAUGUUUAUUAGAUAAAUCAAAGAUAGAA